CGUUAUUGAAACGUACGUCGCGAAUGAUGGAUUUUACUCACAUAAGAGUGCACCAGAUUCUAUCGUCGAUCUUAGAGCCGCUCGAUUCCGAAAUGACAGCCGACGAUAAUAACGUAACUGCGGACGAAGACGAGCGCGUACUGAAACGUCAUCUCACGAGCUGAGUGAACCGUCAGUGCCGUCAAACGAACGUUUUCGACCGGGUUGCGAGCGAUCCUCUGAUUUUCUGAAAGAAUCAACACGUGAGGAAAUUCAGCAAAGUUCCCGUAACACAACUAUCACAGCGGAUUGCGUUAAGAUUCAGUGUAAUCGAAUAUGUGAGCGGAAAAAAUUAUAAGAUGAAGUGUUUUAAACAUUGCCUCGUGACGUCGCUCGACGAAUCGCGAGGUCGUGAAUCGAACACGCUGGAUACUUUCAGAGAUAUUAAGUGCAGUGAGUCGCAGACAAUGAAAAUUCGCCGCGACAAGAAUGACAACGCGAUACCUAGUGACUCGGGAGAUGUUUCCGACGACCACAACGGCAAUUACUACGCCGAUUGCGACAGCUCAGUGUGGAUGAGAAGCUGCGAACAGGAGGUGAUCGAGCCCCUUGCUGGCAAGCUCGCCGGCAACAUCCCCGAGUGGCUGAAGGGCACCCUCCUGCGAAACGGCCCGGGCAAUCUGAAAGUAGGCGAAUACACCUUUCAGCAUCUGUUCGACAGCUCCGCCCUGGUGCACAGGUUCGGGAUUGCGGACGGCAAGGUGACUUACCAGCGUCGUUUCGUUCAAACGGAGGUAUACAAGAAAAACAUGGCCGCUCAGAGGAUAGUAGUUACCGAAUUCGGCACCAGAGCCACUCCAGAUCCCUGCCAGAGUAUCUUCCACAGGAUAGCCGCGGUAUUUAAUCCCGGAGAGAAUCUCUCGGACAACACCAUGAUCUCGGUAUACCCUUUCGGUGAUGAAUAUUACACGUUCACAGAAGCGCCGGUCAUGCACAGAAUCGAUCCGAAGACUCUGGAAACCACGAGCAGGGUAGACGUGUCCAAAUACGUAAAUAUCGUGAAUCACACGUCGCAUCCUCACGUCAUGGCCGACGGUACGGUCUACAACGUAGGACUAAGCGUGACGCCGCUCGGACCUAGAUACAACGUCGUGUGUUUUUAUCCUAGUCGUGUGAUCGUUGACGAAUCCGGCGAGGAGAAGGAGCUCUCCAUGUUCGAUCAAGCGACGAUCGUUGCCAGCAUGCCGUGCAGGUGGAUGCUGAAUCCUUCAUACAUGCACACCUUCGGCAUCACCGAGAACUACUUCAUAAUCGUGGAACAACCGUUGGCCAUCUCCAUGGUCUCGAUGAUGGUCACGCACCUUAAACAAGAGCCGAUGUUCAACAGCUUCAAAUGGCACGAAGAUGAAAAUACGCUCAUCCAUGUGAUGUCGAGGGAAACCGGCCAGACGGUGAGGACGUUCGUCGCGGAAACGUUUUUCUUCCUUCACAUCAUCAACCAGUUCGAGACUCGCGAUAGGGAGUAUGUCGUUCUGGACAUAUGUUGUUAUCGAGACCCGAAGAUGUUGGAGUGCAUGUACAUCGACUCGAUGAAAAACAUGCACGAGAAUCCCGAUUACGCGAGCAUGUUUCGCGGUAGGCCGUUGCGUUUCGUGCUCCCGAUGAAGCAGCCGUGUGCUAACACACCGCCGGAGUGCAAUCUCGUCACGAUCAAAACGGUACAUCAGAGCCAAGAGCUGUUUCGGAACGUUGACGACAAGUCGCUCGGUCACGAUUCGGAUAAAAUGGACUUUGAAAUCGUCAGCGACUCGGACGUCGUCGUUUCUAACGUGGACGAUGUGAAACGCAAAUGGGACGAGCACAGGAACGCUCUGCGGAGAAAGCCGGCUGCUCACUUGCUUCCCGACGGCAGGAUUUUCGUCAAGCCGGAAUUACUCUGCGACUUGGGCUGCGAGACGCCGCGUAUAAACGCCGAUUUCUGUGUCGGUAGAGAGUAUCGAUACUUCUACGCGAUCUCGAGCGACGUAGACUUGGUUAAUCCAGCGAAGCUUAUUAAAGUCGAUACGUACCGGAAGACCAGGAAAGUAUGGCAGGAGAAGGAUGUUUUUCCCAGCGAACCCAUCUUCGUAGCGAAUCCUUACGCGAAGGAUGAAGACGAUGGUGUCAUCGUGAGCUCGCUUGUCUGGGGACAGAACGAGAGUCGAGUCGGUCUGCUGAUCUUGGACGCUGCGACGUUUACGGAAAUCGCGAGAGCUACCUUCGAUUCACCGGGACCUGCGCCCAAAUGUUUGCACGGCUGGUUUACUCUUGAUAAAUAGCUGAGCGCGGCAGGAAUUGUUAAAUAUAGUUUCAUGUUCGAUUGAAAUGGUGGAAAGGGUGGUUGGUUUGAUUUCUUCGCAGAGAAGACUGAAUUCACUUACAAAGUCUUACGAAUCUUUCGGAAUUUAAUAGAUACAUCGAAGUGAGCAAUUACUUCUCCAUUGGCACUUUUGAAACUCAGCCUCUUUUUAACCCUUUCGUAUCUGUCGUUGUCCUGAGGACAACAAUACGUACUUCAAAUCGAUCCAGACGUCAAACUAAUCGCUACUUUUCGCCGUCAAACUGUCAAAUGUUGCUGGCAACUCUGUCUCUCAUGACUGUAGACGGGAUUUUUAUUUUACGUUUACGGUUAAGGUGAGCUAAAUAUAUAUGUGACCCGACUACGACUUAUAUACAAAUAUAUUUAUGUAUACAAAAUACAGUACCUGUGUAGAGAUUAAUUUAGAAUAAAGUGACGUGCGCAUAA